UGGCGAAAAGUAGGACCAGAGCGGCAAGAACAUUCAGCGAUGAGAAAUACGACCAGAGCACCCAUCCGAACAUUCACCUGUACCAGAACAUCAUCACCACCACCACCCGAACACCCAGUUGAAAUUUUUUAG